AUGACUUACGUCAACGAAGGCAGUGUGAUGGCCGUUGGCAUCCUAUUCGCCAUCUUGGGAACUUCGGCUGUAGUGGCGCGAUUCAUCAUCCGGUUCAAGACAAGCUCUCUGGCCUGGGAUGACUGGUUUUGCCUUCUUGCCUGGGUGGGUCGAUGA